AUGAUGAGUGUCGUUUUCGAUGUGAAUGGGCUCCAGGAAUCCUUCCAGAACUUGACCUGUCUCGACAGUCACCCGACCGCUGGAGGAGACUCGCCGACCCCAGCCCAAGCCUCUGAGAAGAAGCCACUGGAGAAACCCCCGAACCAGCCGUACCAUUCGUUCCUGUGUAUCGACUUCGAAUCUAGUUGCAUCAACGCCGAUGACCCGACCCUCGACAACCCGACUCAGCUGACCAAGAGCCAAUUGACCUGGCUCUACCCGAACGAAAUCAUCGAAUGGCCCGUCAUCUUACUCCAGUGGAGGACCAAUCAGGACGGCAAUUCGGAACUGUACGAAGCCGGCCGAUAUCGCCGCUUCGUAAGGCCUGUCUGGAGACCCAUUCUUUCGCAAUUCUGUAUGGACCUCACCGGGAUCUCUCAGAAUGAGGUUGAUCGAGCGAUGACGCUGGACCAAGUCCUCCGUGAUUUCGAUCAGAGCUUUGUUAAGCCUCACAAACUCUUCACCCCGGGUAAUCAAACGGUUUGGGUGACUGACGGACCAUGGGACUUUCGGGAUCAUUUCGUCAAGUCGACCUUCCUGGCCAAGAUCGAUAUCAACUGCCUGCCCAGAUAUCUCCGAUCGCCAAUAGCGUUGAUUGACCUACGCUAUCUUCUCAAAGCGUACAUCCCCAACAUCUGCUCAUUUCCGCCGCCGGAUUCACUCAGUCUUUUCAAUGCCAUGGCAGCCUUUGGUCUGGACUUUGAAGGACAACAACAUUCUGGGAUCGACGAUGCUCAUAACGUCGCCAGGUUGCUUGCCGAAAUGGUCAGAUUCUCUAUCCCCGACGGCUCUCAGACCCCUCAAUGGAUUUUCCGUCUCAACAGACGUUUAUACAUGGAACCUCGAAGGUUUUUUUGGAUGUCCAAAAAGUUCAAAUGUACCUGGACUUUACCUUAG